CCUUUUUCUUAUUUGCGAUGAAAAAGCAAACGAAAAAUUCACGUCUUGAAACAAGCGAACGUCGGCAUAUUAAAAUUGAAUAAGUUUCUCUGAAAAAUUUAUUUUAAUUAUAGAAUAUAAAAAUAUAAAAGUUUAUUGCAAAUAAAAAUUAAAUUACUCAACCAAAAACACAAAUUUAAAUAAAUUAAAAUAGGCUAUUAUUAAAAGAAAAAGUGAAAACAAAAUGUUAGUAAUUCAUUGAAGAAAAAAUUUAUCAUUUGAAAAGCAGAAAAAAAAAUAUAAAAAAUUCAACACCACCGCGGAGGCGGGGGCACAAAAACAACAAGAUGAGAUCAAAUCGAUGAGAAUAACGAAGAACGAUGUAAAAGACACACACUAAGAAGAAGAAAAAGGCAAAAGAAAUAAUGAAAUGUGAACAACAUACAACAACACAAAGAUAAAAUUAAAAAAAUACGUGCAAAGUUUUUGUUGUUUUUGUCUUCUACUACUGCUGCUGCUACUUUAGUAAUUCUCCACUAAACAAUAGUGUUGUUGUAGUACUUGUUAUUUAUUCGUAUUAUUAGUGCACAGCCCUGGGAGGAGUAAAAACAGAAGAAGCAGAAAAAACGAAUGAAGAAGUAGAGAAAACGAAAAAAUGAAAUGAAUUUGUGAAUUUUUUAUUAUUGUAGUUUUUUUAAACAACAAAAAGUGUACAAAGCUACAAAGUCAAAAAGGCAAAGUGAAUAAAAUAUUUCUGCAAUUAAUUGGAAAAUAAAUAAAUUUAAAUACAAAAAAAGAAAAAAAUUCAUAAAUUUUGAUUUGUGUGUAUGUGUUUAGUGAGCCAACGCGUUUAAAAUUUUGCAAUUGCAAUAUAUCCCCUUAAGAAAAAAAAAAUCCCAAAAUAGGAUUCAUUGUUUUUUAUUAACGUUUAUGUGGUUUACUAGGGUGCUCCUUCACAUCAAGCAGUCAUUCAACCGAAAAUUGAUUUUUUCUAUUUGGCAUUUGGCGUCAAAAAAGCUUUUAAUGUUUAAACGCUGAGCAGUUUUGUUGCAAACUAAUCAAUAUUGAGAUUUCAACAGCACAAUGCCACUGCCCAAACGUUCAAUUGAGCCGGUGCAUGUGGCCCGUUCUGUCUAUCAACAGGAUGAAUUACAAUCGGUAGAAUUGGAAACAGUCACAAACACAACACUAACAAAUAUCAUAAGACAAUUGUCAUCGUUGUCAAAACAUGCCGAAGAUGUAUUCGGUGAAUUGGCACGAGAUGUGGGAAAUAUUGGUGAUCGUGCCAAUUCACUGCAGGCACGCAUUGAUCGUCUAGCCAUUAAGGUAACACAAUUGGAUAGUACCGUCGAAGAAGUGCCCCUAACGGACAUCACACGAAAGAAAGCUUUUAAAUCUGCCAAAAAUUUCGAUCAACAAAUAUUUUCACGAGCCACUAUGCCAGCGCCAAUGCUGGAAACAUAUGCACAAUGUGAUAAACCACCACCUCUAGAUAAACUGAACGUUUAUCGGGAUGAUGGUAAAGAUGGUCUUAAAUUCUAUACAGAUCCUAAUUAUUUCUUUGAAUUGUGGCGUCAGGAGAUGCUUAAGGAUACGGAACGUGUUAUGCACGAUAAAGGCAAGAAAAUGCAUCGACCACGACAGGAUGGCGGUGCUAGUGGUCGUGGACAUAAGAAACGAGUGCGUACACCCCAUAAUACACGAGAGAAACAACGACAAAUUGCUAUUGGACAUGGUGAAACUUUAAUGCCAAAUAAUGUUAUUUAUCGAACACCAAAUUCUGUGGUCAACGAGGAAGCCGGCUAUGGUGGUACACAACUUGUUGAAAUACACACUGUCACAGAUAGUGAGAGUGGUACGACAACAGCACAACAGCUACAACAACAACAUCAAUACCAUCAGCAACAAUAUCAACUAAUACAACAACAUCAACUACAAGAACAACAACAGCAACAACAUUUAGGUGGUAAUGGUGGUGGUUAUGAUGGUAUACAAUUAAGUCGUCUUAGACCAAAUGUGAUCAGCACAAACAACUUUGAUGAUUUAACAUGUAUGGGCAUUUACGAGACACGACCAGCACGACCCAAUUCUAUAGAAUUGCGACGCAGUUAUCAAUCCGAACAAAUUGAUGGUGUUUAUGGACCGUUAUCACCACAAAAUGCUGGUAAUAUGAUGACAAAUGCCCAAGGUGGUGGCAGUCAGUAUGCUACAACAGCAUAUGCUGCCAAUGGCAUGCAUCCGUCACAGCAAAUGCAACAGCAUCAGGGUAUGGCUGGCAUGCAGCAUCAUCAACAACAGUCACAUCUACAGCAUCAACAGCAACAACAGCAGCAGCAACAAAUGUACGACGAUGCUCUCUAUCAUCAAUCGCACGCCUUGUAUGGUCAGACCGGUCAAGGUCCCAUGUCGCCAGAACCGAUUUAUGCUCCCGGCACACCAUCACGCACCAAACCACGACCCUCACAACCACCACCGGCACCACCAUCGAAUGGUAGUGGCGGUGGUACACCAACAGCAUCGAGCGCUAAUACACCUACACGUGGUCGCAGUAUGUCAACAAGUCGGGAUGCUCUGCCACCACCGCCUCCCAUACCAGAUGGUAUGAUUAACACAACAUCCCCAUCACAAAUGUUGGCUCAAUUGAAUGGUGGCGGUAGUGGUCAUAUUGCAGCGAAAUUAUUAGCUCGCACCAAUAGCACAUCGAGAGCUGGCUCUCCACAAUUGGCACCGAGCAGUGUACAGGAUGCGAAUGCCUUAGUAAUGGCACAAUUGAAUAAUACCAUAAAUAGUUUCAAUAGUAUGACUAUGGGUGGUGGUAUGCAACAAAUGAAUUCAUUAAAUGAUUUGCCACCACCACCACCGGUGCCGGAUCAGCAUGAACCAAAGCUAUCGCCACCUAAUGCGGCGCCACCACCACCUCCUCCUCCACCACCAUUGGAUGAGAACGGUUCAUCGCCUAUUAAUCAAGGACCACAUCAAAUUAUGCCAAAAUCAUUGCCAAAUGGUGAUAUACAAUCGAACGGAAUGAUGGGUGGACCAAAACCACAACCUAAGAAAAUAUUACCACCAUUCCACGAUACUAGAUCCGAUUUAAUGAAGGCCAUAAGAGAUGGAAUAACACUUCGCAAAGUGGAAAAAUCCGAACAGAAAGAAAUCGAACGUAAUACUGGCCUUCAUGAUGUGGCCUCCAUUCUAGCUAGACGUGUUGCAAUAGAACUUUCCGAAUCCGAAGACUCGGACAGUGAUGACGAUAGUGAAGGUUGGAUGGAACCAAAUGAAACUUCUGCUUGAUCCCUUAUGUCUUCUUUAAUACCUGAAAAAAUCAAAAAGAAAAAGUAAAUUUAAAAUGGAAAUAAUAGCAUUUGUUUGUAUUUCUUGUAAAACACUAAAUGUGAAAAGUGCAUUUGAAAAUAGCAACUAGUUAAACGAAAAAAAAUAAGAAAUGAAUGUCUUUGCCAAUCCCCAUAAAAACCUUUAAAUUCCUUUCUAAAUAGACAGAUAAACUCUUCCUCUCUGAAUGAAAGCAACACAAAUUAUUAUAAUUAUAAUAGAAAAAAAAAACGAAUAAAAUAUUUAGAAUCAUGUCUUGAAAAGAAAUGUUUUUUUUAGCAGUCAUUAAUCUAUAUUAAAAACAAAACAAAUAUUAUGUAUUUUUAAAGUAUUGCUGUAAAAGCAAAAAAAUAAAGCAAAAUAUGCAACAUAACGAAAUGAAUUAAACUUGAAGUAAUAAAAUGCAAUUGAUUGAUAUAAACUUCUUUAAGAAAUUAACAAUAAUGAAAGAAAACAACAAACAAAGUUAAUCAAAAAUUAAAAAACAACAAAUUUAAUAUUCA